AUGCUUCCGACCUCCAAUCUCCACCGCCGCCAGCAUUCCGAUCAGUUUCGCUUGUGUAUCUUGAGGCGAGAGACGAACUUUGGCAUCUUGAUUUGGCAGGUUCGUUUCAAAUCUAGUCAAUUGAUUAUGGAACGAAAAUUGAACUGCUGUCAAGACUCCAUCACUGCCAUGUGGUGUCUGGAUGGGGUUUCAGAAAAAUGUCUAGACUGGGGGGCCCGCAUUGCAGUAGCCAUUGGAGCUGCUAGAGGGUUGGAAUAUCUUCAUGAAGCAGCUGCACCAAGAAUCUUGCAUAGAGAUGUUAAAUCCACUAACAUUCUCUUGGAUGAAAACUGGAGAGCAAAGAUUACUGAUCUGGGAAUGGCUAAGAGUUUGGUGAAAUGA